AGGUGGAGUCUAGUAAGUCCUAGACCGAUUUUUCGUAUUGUUUUUUGACUCGUGGGUUCAUAUUUGGCUAAUCUGUGAUUAACUAUUUUUGUUUUCUUCCGUGCAGCAUCUGUGACUAGUUUUUUUUGAUUGAUGACCUGAUCGUUUCGAUUUGAUGGAUGUUUUUCCUAUAUUGUCGUGUUUUUUCAUCAAGAAGGAAGCUGAGAUCCGAUAAGAUUCAAUAUGGCGCUGGAUGGGGACGUGUCAUCUCUUUUUCGCUGUCGAUGGGCCACGUCUCGGCACACAACAGCCUUGCGGGCGAUCGUGGUCGUGGGCAUGCUGACAGUGACCACGGUUUCGGCCAGUGUAGCGAACGCUGUCUCGACACCAGCGCAGCACGACCUGCAGGUCCUCCAGGAUGCUAUGGAGAGCGAAGGGGAAGAUGAUAGAUGUCAUCUGGUGCAACGCUGUGCGGGCUCAAUGUCCGACGACAUCGAAAGUGUUUGCAGUGUUGGCACGAAUUCAACUGCGGCGGACACGGACUUCUCUUCUUUACAUCCUGCACCUUUUUCACGCGCAACUAGUUACGGACACUUGGAGCUUCAACCGAGAGUUCGCGCAAAAGCGUGGGGGUCUGGUCUGGUUAAGCGAUGGGCGUCGUAUGGGGAUCACCUUAACAGCCUUCAAGAUAAGAUGCAUACGGUCGAGCAGGGGAUGCAGUCUUUGUCCUUGACGUCUGCGCCAGCGACCAGUACUCUUGGUUCUUCCUCCAACAUCCUUCCGCCACUGCUCCUGUUCAAGCGGGUGCCUGCGAGCUCCUCUACGCACCUCUCCGGCGUAUCAAGUUGUCCGGACAUGCUCCGCACUUUUGGAGGGGUUCCGGAAGAUGGAAGCUCCGACGAUAAAACUGAGGUAGAAGUGUACUCCGACAGUGCGGUUCUUGGAGGGAGUCUCCUGGCGCCGCGGCUGCUGCAUGAUCAGAAGAAAAAUCAGCACCAUGAUGAUGAUUUUGAUGGAGAGCCUAUUAUGGAAACGCGCGACGAUGACGUCGAGAGCGGAGGCGUGCCAAGGUUCACUGCGCAAUCCCACGUUAAUGAUGAUGAGCAGUACUGUUCUCCUGGCUCCAGUGCGUCCCGGAAGCCGUCUAAGUCUUCAGUUAUCGCAUGUACGCCAGAGAAGGUACCACUGCUACGCGACGCCGAAGAACUACGACUUGCAUGUCACCGGAACGCGUCAAGCAGAGCGGACAGAUCAAAGUCCUCGUCCUCUGUGAAUCAAAACAAGAACAGUCCGAAACCGAAAAUCUCCCUAGCGACUGCGGCCGCUGUGGGGCUGGCAGCAGGCUGUCAAGGGCGGCUCUUCAUACCACCGCCAUCGACGCGGAUCGGGGGGCCUAGUGGGACGAAGCAGAAUACAAGGCUGAGAGAGUCAAAGAUGAAAAAAUCCAGGCAAGCCUCAGCGGGGGCUACGACAGGCACAGUUGCAGCAGGUAAACAAGGGAUGAAGAAGAAUCUGAAUAAAAGCCACAAUAUGAUGGCAUUAUAUUUGAGUGACACCACGAGGAAGAACAGACCCAGAACGAU